CCCAUUCUCGAGAGUAGCGGAUCCAGUUCUAUUAGUCGACGAGCAAGCAUUCCACGCUCCGUCGGACGCCGUCCACUGUUGUCAGCCUUGCGUGGUUGUUCUCGUGCAAGCAGAGAAGAAGGUUCGAACUCAAAAUCCGGUUAGCAAUGGCAUGGAGGGGAAAUCUCUCAAAGUACCUGAAGGAGCUUCGGUUUUUGAUGUGCCAGACAUCACCUGCAAGCUCCACCACAAGGACAUUUGUGGAAAAGAAUUAUAAAGAGCUAAAGACAUUGAACCCCAAAUUGCCAAUAUUGAUCCGCGAGUGCAGUGGGGUUGAACCCCAAUUAUGGGCAAGAUAUGACUUGGGUGUUGAGAAAGGCAUCAGGUUGGAAGGUUUAACAGAGGAGCAGAUUUCAAAGGCACUUCAAGAUCUGGUAAAAGCAGGAGAGUCUUUGAAAGCUUGAUGUUGUCAUAUUGCUCAGCUCAUGAACCGUAUGAAGUGGAAUAAAUGAUCUCUCUUGCAGUUCUUUUACUGCGUAUUACUAAUUUUUCUGUGUCUGAUAGUUCUCUGGUUUUCCAGAUUUCAUUUCCUUUCCUUCCUUCAUCAAGACAAAACUAAGAUUCAACUGUAUCUUGACCUUGCUUUUCGACUGUUGAGUAACUUAUCUUGAUGACUCUAUUCAGAACACAGGUGAAAACAUGUUAUGAUUCGGUUCUGGUAUUA